AUGUCUUGCGUUCAGAGGGAGAUAAAUAAGGAAAAUACGUACCCCUAUGUUCCCGGUGACCUUACCGAGCCCCGUCACAGGCUCCCCAGCCACGAUGACUUAGCCCAAAGUCGCUACGGCUGCCAAAAACCCAAAACUAAAGGCUACCCCAAAUACAGGGACGAUUUUUCGAAACCCCUCCCCGAAAUCGAGAAAACCAUAACCAAAAAUGACCUGGAGGAAGAGUACCGGAACCACAAAGCAAUGGCGGAAGCAACGUACUCAAACGGCGUGAAACACCACCCUCGUAAAAACAAAACGUCCACACCCAUCAUCGAAGCCAUUAAAAACUUCCAACUGGCCAAACGCCUGCACAGAGAAAACCUAGAGCACGACCCUCUACCAGAUACCAUCACCCAUACCAAGUACCGCAAGCUGCAGAUGCAAAGGUCGCAGCACGACCCAGGUUUAUCUUUAGAGAACCAGAACUUCGCCACGGGUGUCGGGUGGAAAGGGUACCCAGGGUACGGUCCCACCAGAUGCACCAAAUUGAAAGUAUACAGACCCAAAACGUGUGGUCAUGGCGAUAAGCACGAAGUGAAGAAUGACGGUAGACCGAGUAGCGUGACCAGUUUUGACCGAAAGUGGCGGUUCCUCAGACGGCGCAAAGUCUCGCCCAUUGAACUGGCGAUUUGUUGGGACCUCACCCCCGAGAACCCCAACGACGAACCCAAGCGGACCCCCCAUAUCGACGGGUCCAACGGGUCUCUAGCGCCCGCGGUGUUCUCUUUGGUUCACACCCCCAAAGACGACGACGAUGACGACUUUAGAAAAUCGUCAGUGGGGACCGUGGAUUCAGGAGCUGUUUUUGAGAAAGGUCCAACCAGGAACCCUUCCGAUAAAGACUUUGUUCUCGACAGACCCAAAACGUCGCACCCUCAGGACCCCAAACGUAGGACGUCGCACAACAGCGUGCAGUCAGACGAGUCCUUGAGCAAAAAGCGCGCCAAAAGUGCCUACAAUUUGAACAACAACGUGGAGGACCAGGACGCUAAAAGUUGCUCCCAUUGCGAGGUCAAGAAUGGAAUUCAUCAGAGUACGCCGAAUUUGAGCGAUUGCGGCGACAAAAGGAUUAAAAAUUCGAGGAUGUGCAUGGCCUGCGAGAUGAAAAAUGUUUCGCUUAAAGAGAGAAAGAAUAAGAAAGAUGAAUACAAAAUGGCUUUUAAAGCUGGUGUCCCUCAGAAAUGUGUAAGUAGUACUAGCCGUUAUAGAAAUGCUAGAUACAACUUUCAUGUACCUAAACAAAAAGAUCCUUAUAGUCCUAAGAAUUAUGCUAUAUGUAGUUUAGCGCCACCUUUUUCUUUGCAGAAGGAUAAAAGACAGGACUAUCCGGAACACUGGCGGCUAGCUACGGUUUAUCAGCACUCGUACAAACCGAUUCACACGAGAAAACGUCCGUUGCUGGCCACAGUUUUUAAAUGAAAGAGAACGAAAGGGUUACGUAGACAUACCGCGUUUAUUCGCGUAAGGUGACGUUUCCG